AUCACUACUGACCGGAAGUCCUUAACGAUGUCAAAACCAAGCAACUGAUUGUUAUUCUCACGAUGUUUUGAAGAUUUUCUUUAACUUUCGGAUUUUUUAAAUACUUUUUAUUCAUCUCCCAGAACACUGAGCGUUUAUUGAAACGUGCUGUGGAACGCUUAAUCGUUGACCAUGUCGAAUCGCAUCGCUUUCCAGACGCAGUUAGCUUCCAUUAUGGAGGUGCUGGCUAAUGCUGCGGUGGCUGAGAUAUGUAAACUCGUUGACGACGACUACGCGAUUAUAAACUUACAGAUGACUCAAUGUCAGCGUGAAAACAAAUCGCUGAAGAGAAAACUUCACAUACUGGAGCUUAAGAUGGCACGAGGGUUUGCAGAGAGAAGGAUGAAUUCACUGAAUCGCACUAACCGAGUUCAAGUGAACGCCGCUUUGUCUGAGAAAUACAGGAACCAACCAAACGACGUCCUGUAUGGAGCUCAGUUUAACACGGGACUGUGGAGAGGUGGAGCGACAGACUCGACUCCUCAGCAGGCUGUAACGUUAAAUGAAAGUAACAGUAUGACAGGAGAUGCAGUAAUUUCAGAAGUAAACACCGUGCUGAUAAAGGAUGAGAUGUUUGAGGAGGACCAAACACAGCAGAGAUUGUUCAUCAGAGAUGGUGAAGUAACAAAUACUCCACCACAGACUGGAGAAGCUGGUUUUAGAGAUGUUCAGAUGGUGAAAGAUGAUGAUCAAGUCUCUGGGAUGCAGCUACCGACUUUGGAGCAGCAAGGACAGGUGGAAGAUGGAGAACCUGAAACAAUAGUGAUAAAGGAGGAUCUAAAUGACCAGUGGGAAAGAAGCCAGACACAAUCCAUAAUUGUGCAGGAUGCUGAGUCAAAUACAGACAUUUGUAGUGGGAGACUUUCUACCUCACCAGCCAAAAGCUCUGUUGCACCUGGAACAGAGAAGCCUAUAGAAGUGGAAUUUUCCCAUUUGAAUGAUGAUAGAAGCCAGAAAACCGACUUUUCUCCAUCCACUGGACUGCAAAUAAACAUACAGGGUACUGUGGAGCCUAGUAGCUCUCAACAGCACAGGUACCACAAGUUUGUUGUUCAACCUAGCAAGGGUCUAACAACAGGAGAAACGGCAGCUCUCACAGACUCAGGGCAUGUACCCAAGGGAAUGGUGAAAAGCAGAACUUCACCCAAGAACCAUGAAAAGACAGCCACUGAAAUUUCUGGAAAAGGCUGCUUGUAUGAGAGACCUGCAGAGCAUAAAACUAGCUUUACACACUGGCCCACACAUCCAUCCUGCUCAUAUACAGAGUCGGACCAGGAUCAAGACUGUAUGCUGGUUCAGUCAGACACUGUAUCAUCUGUUAGAAGCUCCAAAUGUGGACGGGAUGGAGUGCCAUCGACCCACACACAUACUGUUAUAAAUGCAGGUGCAGGAGAGGGACCUAUACGAGAAGAUGAAAGAUGGAAUCAAGCUGCCAUUUUGAGGCAAAGCCAAACUGAAACAGAGACCGCGAGUGCAACAAACCCCUCAUAUUUCACUGUGAUUCCUCAAAUGAGGUCCAACUUCACUCAGCCUGGGCCUUCUUUUGCUGGGCUGCAACUACCAAAGCAAAUGGACAAAGGUAGACGGAAAAGUUACGUUUGUAAGUACUGUGGAAAGGGAUUCCCUGGGCUGUCCAAUGUCGUGGCACACCAGCGAGUGCAUACAGGAGAGAGGCCCUUUAGGUGUGAUACAUGUGGCAAGCUGUUCACAGAGGCAGGCAACCUGAAGAAACACCAAAGAGUUCACACAGGAGAGAAACCCUUCAUCUGUUCCCGCUGUGGGAAACGAUUCGCCUGGAUCUGCAACCUCAAGACACAUCAGCAGUCAUCCUCCUGUGAAGGAGUCUGAUAUAAUUAAACAUAUCUGAUGACGAUGCAGGGCUUCCAACUUAUGCCUUCUAUGAAUCCAGUGUUUUUUGAAUGCCAAAGCAAUCAUUAUAAUUAGUGAUUGGAAGGUUGAUACCGGGGCUCCGACGCAGUUUUCACACACGCUGUACCGAUGCUUGUACGACGUUUGAACGUUUGAACGUUGAGCUUCGAACGUCAUGCAGUAUCGGAAGGUCGGGGAGGCAUUAUUUAUUUCAUGAUUUAACACUAUACUUAAACUAUAACAUAAAUCAUUGAUCAAUUAUGGGGCACCGCUAGUAAUUUUGGGACCUAUGAAAGAAUAUGAGGUUGGGCCCUGUUGCUAUUAAUGUAAUCGAUCUCUGAGGGCCCCAGAAGUGCGUGGGCCCUUGGUAUUGUCCUAACAUUCCCCCCUUUAGCGGGGCUCCGUGAACCCGUUGACCAGGCAGGCUACACAUAACACGAGUUGUGGUUUCAUUGGUACCAAUUAAUUUAGAUCAGAUUAGAUAGAACUGUACUGAUACUAGACCCAGAUUGAUUUCCACUCUUGUUGUAUGUCACUGACUUCUGAAGCUUUGUUUGGUCACCUGCUCUUUCUUGUCUGCGGUGACUUCUAGAUAAUAUAGUGGAGAAAACAAGUCUGACCACGCGAUGUCGCUAAUGCUCAUUGUGUUCAAAGCUUUGAAUUUGAUGAAAGACUCAAACGCUUCAGAAAGCUUCUGUUUCCCAUCACUAAUUAUCAUAAAUCUGUAAUAAAUUUAAAUGGGGAUAAGAAAUAUGAACCGAUUCAUUAAUAAGAUUAAGAUGUAUUGGUGUUACCAGUGACUAACUUACUCUUACGUUAAUGUUCAAUAUCCGUGAAUUGUAAUACUGACAGUGAACAGCAGGUGGUGCACGAGUACUAAUAAUAAAAGAGCGCCCCAUCUGGGUUUUCUUUGUAUUCCAAAAAGUCUCAUAUUUUAAGUAAUUUAAGUUAUUGAAUAUAAUUAAAUUUUCGUUUAUUAAUGUAA